CAACAACAAUCCCCACGUCUACGUCCAUCUACGAACCGAAUUAACGAGCAUACAUCCUCAUCUUUACUCAGUAUCAUAACGACCUGUCCAAGAUGAAGCUCUCUCUUACGACUCUCGUUGUUGCACUCACCUCUGCAACCGCUGCUCUCGCGAGCCCUGCUCCCUCGCUCAGGACUUCUAUCGUCGACGGAAUUGCUCCUCUUUUCUCUGCUUCCACCGCCGAGACCAUUGACAACUCGUACAUUGUCGUCUUCCAUCCUCAUGUUGAGUCACACCACGCAUCCACUCACCACGAGUGGGUGAGCGACUGCCACUCCUCCUACUUGCAGAAGCGUGGUCAGACCUCUUUCUCUGCUACUGAUACCGAGGAGGUCGAUGGUGAAAUCUCUACCAUGUUCAGUGGUGUCAAGCACGUGUACGACUUUGCCGACGGUGCUCUCAGGGGUUACGCUGGUUCGUUCUCCGAUGAAGUUUUGGAGCAGAUCCGCUCCCACCCCGAUGUUGCCUACGUCGAGCGUGAUCAGCUCGUCCACACUACCUCCGUCCAGCGUGGCGCGCCUUGGGGUCUCUCCCGUAUCUCUCACAAGGAUGCAUUGACCUUCUCCACUUUCAACAAGUACCAGUACGACUCCGUUGCCGGUGAUGGCGUUACCGCUUACAUCAUCGAUACUGGUGUCAACAUUGACCACGUUGACUUUGAGGGCCGUGCCAAGUGGGGUGCUACCAUUCCUCAGGGUGACCAGGACAUUGACGGAAACGGCCACGGUACCCACGUUGCUGGUACCGUCGCUGGUUCCAAGUACGGUGUCGCCAAGAAGGCGAACGUUGUCGCUGUCAAGGUUCUCCGUACCAAUGGUUCCGGAACCAUGUCCGACGUCUUGAAGGGUGUUGAGUGGGCCGCUGAGGACCACAUCAAGCGUCAGACCAAGGCCAAGAAGGAUGGCAAGCCAUUCAAGGGAUCCACUGCCAACAUGUCUCUCGGUGGUGGUAAGUCGCGUACCCUUGACGUCGCCGUCAACGCUGCCGUUGACGCUGGUCUCCACUUCGCCGUUGCUGCCGGUAACGACAAUGCCGAUGCUUGCUCUUCCUCCCCCGCGGCUGCCGAGGGCCCCAUCACCGUUGGUGCUUCCACCCUCUCCGACGAGCGCGCGUACUUUUCCAACCACGGAAAGUGUGUCGACAUCUUUGCGCCCGGUCUCAACAUCCAGUCCACCUGGAUCGGCUCCAAGGUUGCCACCAACACCAUCUCCGGAACCUCGAUGGCUUCCCCUCACAUCUGUGGUCUCUUGACCUACUUCCUCUCCCUCGUUCCUUCCGAGAACUCCACCUACCAUGUCCCGAUCACCCCCAAGAAGCUCAAGGCUCGCAUGAUCAGCAUGGCUACGCCCGGUAAGUUGGGUGACAUCCCAUCCGGCACUCCCAACUUGUUGGCCUACAACGAGUUCGCCAAUGGUGGCAAGAAGAAGAAGGUUGACGGUGACCGCGCUUCUCGCAUCAAGGAGGCCUUCGAGGAGUGGAUCUCCAAGGUCGAGGAGACUAUUGAGGAUGAGGUCAGGGCCUUCUCCGAGCGCUUCGAGGUUGAGAUGUAGAUGGCCAUGGCGUUCAUCAUUU